CAUUUUCCUGGUCUUUAUCAGGUGAUCGGGCUGUUGGAUGUUUUCACAGCUGAGAUCUCUUUGGAUCGGUUUCGAGACUUCUACCUGGUGAUGCCGUUCAUGGGCACCGACCUUGGCAAGCUGAUGAAGAUGGAGAGGUUGUCAGAGGAUCGCGUCCAGUUCCUGGUUUAUCAGAUGCUGAGAGGCCUUAAGUAUAUCCACUCUGCAGGGAUCAUCCACAGGGACCUCAAACCUGGAAAUUUGGCCAUAAACCCUGAUUGUGAGCUAAAGAUCCUGGACUUUGGGUUGGCCCGGCAGGCCGAUGCAGAGAUGACCGGCUACGUUGUGACGCGCUGGUACAGAGCGCCGGAGGUUAUCCUUAACUGGAUGCACUACACGCAGACUGUGGAUAUUUGGUCAGCGGGUUGCAUCAUGGCAGAGAUGUUGCUGGGGAAACCUUUGUUCAAGGGAAACGACCACCUGGACCAGUUAAGAGAAAUCAUGAAGAUUACAGGAACUCCGACUCCCGACUUUGUUCUCAAGCUACAGAGUCAAGAUGCCAGAAACUACAUCCGGAGUUUACCGAAAGUGCCAAAGAAAGAUUUGCACUCCAUUUUCUCCAAAGCCAGCUCAAAUGCGGUGAGUGUCCUGGAAAAGAUGCUCCUCCUGGACCCUGACAGCAGGGCCAGCGCGUCGGAGGCCCUGGAGCUGCCGUUCUUCAGCGAGUUCAGGGACGUGGAGGAGGAGAGCGAGGCGCUGCCGUACGACCAGACCAUGGACAACACGGACCUGCCGCUGGAGCAGUGGAAACGUCAUACUUUCACUGAGAUCCUGACCUUCCGGCCGCCGCGGGACUCAAAGGAAACAUCUCUUUAAGAGCUCACACACCAGCAGACAUGAACUUUUACCUACACGCAGAAAUAUUACUUUUAAUCUUAUUAAUAGUUGUCCAAAUUGUUUGUCAAUGCUUUUACUGUCAAUAAAUAGUUCAGAUAUUCAAAAUAAUUUACUCCAUUUAUUUUUGCAAACUGUAGGUGCUUUUUUUUACAGGAAAUUGACAUUUUCUUUUUUUUUUUUUUUUUACUUUAGGACUUAACAGUUGACAAAAAACAAGCUAAGGAAAGAUUUCUGCCAAUUUUUUAUAUUGGUGUAAUCCCUACUCGUAAAUCUUAACUUUUCUACUAUAGCAGUAGAAAAUAAUCAGAAUUAUAUAAUUGUGAUUGCUAUGUAACCAUAAUUCUGCUCUGCAGCUCAUUGUCUAUUUGAAAAUUGUCUUUUGCAACAGUGGCAGUUUAGGUUACAUAGAUGUAUGAUCUUAACACAUAAUUAGUUGACGUUUUAGGAAGCAAAUUACACAUUUGAUUUUAGGUGUAUUUAAUAAACUGAU